UGAGAUGUUCAUAUAUGAUGUGAUGGCUUUUCUUGAAGCUCUCAUGUCAUUUGGAAAUAUUGAGACCUAUCUAGUAACUGUAUAUGGGGUGCAAUAGGACAUAAUUCGCGUUCAGAUGGAUGAUUUGGUGACGUAGCCCCAUGUUAACCAUUUGGUUCGAUCCUCGUAGAGCUAUAUGGGCUCGUCCGAGGCUUGUUGAUAUGUCCCUCGGUGCUAUAGAAAGGGAUAGGUUUUAGUUCUCCCACCAUGUGUUCGGGGCCAGUCGUAGUCAAGCGUAGCCCAGGUGAUGACCGUGAUGAUGGCGCAGGACCCACAAAAUUUAUCCUCCCAGCUUGUGCUUGCCUCACUUCAGGUACCACCUUCUUGCUCGCGGCGAGACAAGGAAAGUCUUUGUCGAGAAAUUGCACGUAGCAGCAGCGAGAAUCAUUCGGUCUCGCUCGAGGGCCGCAGUGCGAGGGAAAAUGAGCACUUCGAAGACGACGACGACGACUACGACGACGCUCGUAAAGCGGUCCGCAAAGCAAAGCGUAGCAUAGGAUCUCAUCUCAUCUCAUCUCACCUCAUCCACUUCCACUCUCCUGCAAGUGUUCGAACUGGACCAAAGCCCCUCGCCGCCAGCGUGCAUUCCGACGCAGUGUUGUUUGUGAGCCCCAGCAUGUUCACUCACGCAGGACCUCGCAUGUCGAUCUGCAGCCUGUGGGUCUACGAGGACAGAUCCCGAAUGUGCGCCAUCUCUGCCUCUUUCGACGCGGAGGCGAAUUAUUUGCACCGUUUCGAAUUCUUUUUCCCUCCCCGUCUCUCACGUUCGAGCCCUGUGCACGCCCAGGCCAUUCAUUCAUUCAUUCAUUAGUGCCGGCCUCGAGUCGCUCGAUUAGGGUUUGUUUGUUUGCGGGUCAGGGUCAAAGAUUCGCGACUAAGCAUGAUUUCUGUAACCGUAUUACGGCUCUCUGUGGAGCCGAGGUCACGGAAGUGUCACGGAAGCGCCCUCAGCUGGACGGCGCUCGGCGCUCUCACCGGAGACGAGAACCUGGUGAUUAUUCCGAGUAAAUAAUCAGGACUGUAACUGACUGCGCGCGGGCGGGCCGCCUGACUGACUGAGCUCCAUUAUAGCGACGACUCCAUUUGGCCAUUCGCGAGGUCCAAGGAGCGAGACCUGG